UUUAAACUGCAGUUUAAAUUGCUUGUGGAAAAUCCAGAAAAACCUGUUGCAUCUGGACUUCAAGUUACAGCUUUUGUGGAGUAUUAUCCUGAGAGUGAAGAAGAUCUUCAAGAUAGAGUACUUCUUUUAGUAGAAGAUGACAUAGUUGAUAUCCCCCUGCUUGGAUUAAUUUCAUGUUGCUCUCUGGAAAUUGAGUCAGAGAUUAAUUUUGGUGCAGUGAUUGCUAAUAGUAAAAUAAUUAGUAAAGAGAUUACCAUUACUAACCGUGGAUCAUCUUCAGGUACAUUUGAAAUAUCAUAUGAUGGGAUUGUCCUGCUUAACAUAGAACCUAUCAGUGGAGUGGUAGAGCCAAGAUCUGUAAAGACAGUUAAAGUGGAUAUCUGCACAGAUGUACCCAGAAUCAUCAAAGAAGUGAUAAAAGUGGAUUUGGACGGUCAUGGCUGCACUGAAGUAUGGAUCAAAGCUGUUGUGGUUGAACAAGUUCUUAAAGUUCUAGGAGUGGCUUGUGGAAAUACAUUGAAGUGCAUUAACUUUGGACCAGUUUACUUUGGGUCUUCAAAGACUGAACAAAUAUCAUUAUACAAUGAAAGUCCUGAGUGUAUGGACUGGGUAGCAGUACUGGAUGACAAUGCCAUUGGAGGAGAGAUGGGGACAGAUCUUCAGAGGAGUGCAGAUGCUGUUUUGCAAGACUUAAGCCUCGAAAAUAGAACAAGAGAUGUAGAUAUUUCCACCUUGAUCUUGUGCAUUCCCAAUCAAGGAACCUUGCUACCUUAUGAGAAAUGUUUGGUUACAUUGUGCUUUAGUCCAAGGUGAUUUUGUGGGAAAUUGAAUCAUCCUCAUCACAUGGAGUUAGCUUUGACAGGUUCGGGACUUCCUGUCAUGUUAACUUUUAAUCCAGGACCAGUUAUUAAGUUUGUGGACUGUUUCCUGGGUGAACAAACACAAGUUCUAUGCACGCUCAAAAAUGAAUCUGAGUCCCUUCCAGUAACAUUCAGCUUUCGCAAGACUGCUCACUUUAAUAUUUCUCCUGAAAAAGGAAAAAUUAAAAGAAAAUCUGCAAAGGAUGUGAUAUUUUCAUUUUCUCCUCAUCAAAUAGGAACAUUUAAAGUGAAGCAAAUUGUUGAUAUUAUUAGUACAGGACUAGAGAAAAACAAUUUACAGCUUUCGAAGACAAAAUCCUUUCACCAAAUAUAUUUGAGCUUUAUUGGUGUGUGCAAAUCUAAACGAAAAAACAUUAUAUUCAAAAUUAAUCCUGUUCAGAUGCUAAAAAAAUAUGUGACAAGUAUAACACCAAUGAUUUCCAAUGCAACUGGCCAGUUUGUAGCUGAUGACACAGGACAGUGCACUGAUACAGCACCUGUGGCAAUACUUAAAUCAACCCAAACACAAAUUCAUACUCACCGGAUAAACAGGAAUUUUAAGGGUGAUGCACUUACAGCUUUUCCUAAUGACCGUGCAGCCAGCAUUAGGCCUAGUGAAUGGAGUAAAAAGUACAGGACUAUUUUCACAAAGACUGAGAGAUACAAUUAUAUAGAUCCAGAGUUUUCUUAUACUGACUGUGAAAGACUGUCAAAAGAAGCACAUAAGCAAUACUAUGCAGACUUCAUUUCUAGUUUAAGACAGCGUCGUUUACAGAAAGAUGCUGCAAGGCAGUUUUAUAUUUAUAAUAAUUCUGUAAGCAUAGGCCUUAAACCAGCUGAAGGGCUUGUGUCACCAAAGAUCUCAAUCACAGAUUUUUACAAGGAGAAUCUACAGUUCAAAGUCCUUCCUUCAGAUGAGAAUUGCCUAUUAACUAGUCAGAAAGCAGCAAUUGGUUCUAAAUCUUCCAUCAAAGAAGUUUGGAGUGGGCUUAGUGCUAUGCCAUCUUCUGCCCAAGAGAAGGAAGACUGUAGUCUAACUUUGACAUCCAAGCAGCUUCACCAAAUACUCGUUGGUCCUUCUACUAUGGAUUUUGGUGAUGUUUGUGUGCGUUCCACAACAGCCAGAAAACUGCACAUCAUCAAUAACUUGUUAGUUCAUAUAUGGAUACAAAUUGAGUUUCAAAUUGAUGAAUUAUGGCAGACGGGUCCAUUGUCUCAGGUGGUGCCUCCUCUUACAAAGACUUAUAUUCCAAUUGUAUUUGAGACAAACACUCUUGGAAUGUUUAAAAGAUCUUUCACCUACACUAUAAACAACCAACACCCUGGGCAUGUGCUGGUAGUUGCAAAAGCAGUGUCUGUUGAACUUGAGCUGUCUGCAAGGGAACUGAUUUUAAAUCCUAUUCCUGGCUACCUGCCUGCUGAAUUUACCUGGAAGCCUAUAAUUACAGAUAGAGGAACUGCAUUUUCUAUACAGCCAGCCAAAGGUUUGGUAGAGGCCUAUAGAGAUCUGGAGUGUGAAGUUGUUUGGCAUCCAGGGUUCAACUCUCCAGAAGAAGGAGAAUUCAACUUGUGCGUGCAUAAAGGAAACACAAUAAAGUUGAAAUGUCUUGCCAAGCUUGGUACUACCGAAGUUAAGUUUAUGGAACAAAGGAUACCCUUCAGUCAUAGCCCAAUGGGUUUAUCUACUUGUAAGACAGCUGUUCUUCAAAACAUAGGAUACAAUCAUGCGUACUUCCAAUACUUGAAGGUUCUUGAUUCAAACCCGCUGGCUGGAAUGAUGAUCAGCCCUUCUGAAGGCGUCAUACCUGUGGGAGGCCAUGCUGAUCUCAAAAUCUGUUUCACUCCGAAUGCGAAAAUGAGUUUUGAUACAAGAGUGGAGGUAGCAGUGCGGAAUUCAGGAGUACUAGCGUUUAGGAUUGCUGGAUUUGUAGAGAUCCCCGAAAUAAACAUUGAUAUGGAACUAAUUGACUUUGGUGGUGUUUAUGUUGGUUCUACAAAAUCAAUUCCCUUUUUGCUGCAGAACAAAGGACAAGCAUGUACCAGAGUGGAGUUUGAUUUUUCUAAGUAUAAGGAUUUUAAAUUGAAUGCUAAUGACUAUUCAGUGGUUGACUGCUGUUCUUCAAAGCCUUACUUGUAUUCGGUUAACUUAAAGGGAAAGUCAGCUUUGCAAUGCUUGUUGUCCUUCAUGCCAAAAGAGCGCUUUAGGAAUGGAGGGUUUGGGAUUUCCACAUAUUUGGAGAGCAGUGAACUGAAAGAAAACUUAGUCGUUGAUAUUAUGAACCAGGUUCAGAACAAGCAACUGAGGAGCACUUCUACAGCACAUAAACCUGUUGCAUUAGCUGCAUUUUUACCUUAA